AUGCCUCCGGUCUCCCUUGUCAGUGCUUCUCUUGCUGCUGCAGCUCUCGAGAGCGUGCUCUACGGCGUAUUUCUGAUCCUUGCCCUCUCUUCCAUGUACUUCCAUAUCUCUCGGGUGAAUUUGACUCAUGAGGGCAUGAACCAUAGCAUCUCAAUGUUCCUCAGUCCUAUAUUUGUGGGCUCCGUGGCCAUCACUGUCACAGUAACUGGACACUGGAUAACAGUUGUGAUACGGCUUUUUGACGCAUUUGUAUAUUAUGAAGGCGGAGCAGCCCCAUCAACAUACUAUUCCAUGUUACCCAUCUCCACUGCAGUUGCCAAGGCAUCAUUCCUUGCAGUCACUCUUAUUGAGUGUGAUAUCAUGCUGGUCUAUCGUCUAUGGACAGUAUGGAAUCAUAGCUAUGUUAUAGCCUUCAUACCAAUGUGUACUAUUUUGGGACAAUUUACAUUGCCUACAGCAAUCUAUCAUCAGACACACAUCCCAGCCAGUGGUCUGGAUGGUGUAUUUGCCAGUGUCAUGAGCCAUUGGAUCACUUCUGGCAAUGUUUUCACUUUUGAACAUGGAGCAUGUGGGAUUGAACUGAAUAUACCUGUCUUUUUCCAGAGUGUUCUUGUCACUGUAGUGGAAAGUGCCAUGCUCUUUAUGUGUUAUACCAUUUUCUUCUUGGUAUCAUACACAACAAGAAGCAAUUUACAGUAUUUCUGCAUAGACACUAUAUGCCCUGUUGCUGGCAUAGCAUUUAUGCUCAUUAAUGCCCGUGUUGGCUUAGGAUGGGCACAGAGAGCCAUUGUUUCUCACCAUGGCACUGUGGCCCAUACUAUUGGGCAGUCCUUUGCUAUGAACCUAGUCACAGUUGAUAGCACUACUAGUACUCAUAGGCAUGGUGGAGAUGUUUUGGAGCAGUCCCAAGUCAAGACAGAUUAUGGACAUGAUGCAUAG